UCCAACUCUCGACCUCAUUCUCAGAUUCCCAAAGCGCCAGUUUCAGCUCCAGAUCUCUGCCACCAUGGCUCCCCUCGCCAAGCCCGCCGCCGCGGCGACCAAGCCGAAGCCCUCCGCCGCCAAGCCGAAGACCGCCGCCGCCGGCGCAUCCCACCCGCCCUACUUCGAGAUGAUCAAGGAGGCGAUCGCGGCGCUCAAGGACAGGACCGGAUCCAGCUCGGUCGCCAUCGCCAAGUUCAUCGACGAGAAGCACGGCAAGUCCCUGCCGGCCAACUUCAAGAAGAUCCUCUCCGUCCAGCUCCGCGGCUCCGCCGCCAAGGGCAAGCUCGUCAAGGUCAAGGCCUCCUACAAGCUGUCCGACGCCGCCAAGAAGGACUCGCCCAAGGCGAAGGCUGCGGUCAAGCCGGCCAAGGACGCCGCCAAGCCCAAGAAGAAGGACGCCGCCAAGCCCAAGAAGAAGGAUGCUGCCAAGACCAAGAAGAACGACGCCGCCAAGCCCAAGAAGAAGGUGGCGGCCGCUGGCACCAAGCGCAAGGCACCCGAGAAGAAGCUGAUUGCCAAGGCCAAGAAGUCCCCUGCGGCCAAGGCUAAGGCCAAGCCGAAGACCGUUAAGUCACCCGCCGCCAAGAAGGCUCGCAAGGUCGCUGCUGCUUGAUCUGAUCCGCUAGCUUUAGGUCUGCUUGGUGUGGCGUUCAGGGUCUGUACAAAAAGGAUUCCUCAUCCUCCCUGUAUCGUGGGUUGUGUUCAGUUUAUGCAGAUGGUUCAUGAGUUGUUUGCAGCUAAGCUAUGUGAAAUGAACUUGCAGUUUGCUCCA